CCCGCGCACGUCUUCUUCCGCUCCGCCUGAGUGGCGCUUGGCGCGUUCUGGGACUCAGCGCCGGUGUUGGCGGGGUGCGAGAACCUCUCUGCAGGUCGUGCUCGCCUCGGGGACCAUGGCCACCGACUCCUGGGCGCUGGCGGUGGACGAGCAGGAAGCCGCUGUCAAGUCGAUGAGCAGUUUGCAGAUCAAAGAAGAAAAGGUCAAAGCAGACACCAAUGGUGUUAUCAAAACCAGCACCACCGCAGAGAAGACUGAGGAGGAAGAGAAAGAGGACAGAGCUGCUCAGUCUUUACUCAACAAGCUGAUCAGAAGCAAUCUUGUGGAUAACACCAACCAAGUAGAAGUCCUGCAGAGGGACCCAACCUCCCCUCUCUACUCGGUGAAGUCUUUCGAAGAGCUUCGCUUGAAACCACAGCUUCUCCAAGGAGUCUAUGCCAUGGGCUUCAAUCGACCAUCCAAGAUCCAGGAGAAUGCAUUGCCCAUGAUGCUUGCUGAACCCCCGCAGAACCUAAUCGCCCAGUCUCAGUCUGGUACUGGGAAAACUGCCGCCUUUGUCUUAGCUAUGCUCAGCAGAGUGGAACCAUCAGACAGACAUCCUCAGUGUUUGUGCCUGUCCCCAACAUAUGAGCUGGCACUUCAAACAGGAAAAGUGAUUGAGCAGAUGGGCAAGUUUCAUCCAGAAUUGAAGCUAGCUUAUGCUGUUCGAGGCAAUAAAUUGGACAGAGGUCAGAAGGUCAGUGAGCAGAUUGUCAUUGGCACCCCCGGGACCGUCCUGGACUGGUGCUCCAAGCUGAAGUUCAUUGACCCCAAGAAGAUCAAGGUGUUUGUUCUGGACGAGGCUGACGUGAUGAUAGCAACUCAGGGCCACCAAGACCAGAGCAUCCGCAUCCAGAGGAUGCUGCCCAGAAACUGCCAGAUGCUGCUCUUCUCUGCCACCUUUGAAGACUCAGUGUGGAAGUUUGCCCAGAAGGUGGUCCCAGACCCCAACAUCAUCAAACUUAAGCGUGAAGAGGAGACGUUGGACACCAUCAAACAGUAUUACGUCGUUUGCAAUAACAGAGAGGAGAAGUUCCAGGCUCUGUGCAACCUGUAUGGGGCCAUCACCAUCGCCCAAGCCAUGAUCUUCUGCCAUACCCGCAAAACAGCUGGCUGGCUGGCAGCAGAGCUCUCCAAAGAGGGCCACCAGGUGGCUCUGCUGAGUGGGGAGAUGAUGGUGGAACAGAGGGCGGCUGUGAUUGAGCGCUUCCGAGAAGGCAAAGAGAAGGUCCUGGUGACCACCAACGUGUGUGCCCGUGGUAUUGAUGUUGAACAAGUGUCUGUGGUCAUCAAUUUUGACCUUCCUGUGGACAAGGACGGGAACCCAGACAACGAGACCUACCUGCACCGCAUCGGGCGCACGGGCCGCUUUGGCAAGAGGGGUCUGGCCGUGAACAUGGUUGACAGCAAGCACAGCAUGAACAUCCUCAACAGAAUCCAGGAGCAUUUUAAUAAGAAGAUAGAAAGAUUGGACACAGAUGAUUUGGAUGAGAUCGAGAAAAUAGCCAACUGAGAAGCUUCCCCAGCGACUGGCGCCACCCUCAGCACUGUCCUGCCUGGGAGCCUAGUGCUUUCAUGGCAUAGGCCUUGACAGGCGGCACCUCAAAGACCAAGGCCUGAGUAGAGACUACCUACCUCAUUCAGAAUUACGUUUGGACUUGACCGAAAUUUGCAAAUGAUGGGGGAAUUCCAAGGAAAAAUUUUGCAUUUUAGAAAAUAGUCCUAGCCAGGUGUGGUGGUACAUACCUUUAAAACCAGCAGUUAAGAGGCAGAGGCAGGAGUAUCUGAAUUCAAGGCCA